CUGCUCUAUCCCAUACCCCGUUUCCUGUUUUAUUUGCCUGCCGCCGAGUGGAACUUCCUUUCCUUUGAAAGGAGGUUGUUCUGAAAGUAGCUUUACAAAAGAAUAAAUCUUUGGAUUCUUGAGAUACACGAGGUCUCUGCUAACCGUUUAGAAUUUCAAAAUGACUAAAAAGAGACAACAUCAAGAAGAUUUUCAUAAACUCAAAUUAAAAGUUGGGAAAAAGAAGUCUCGACUAGAAAAUACAACUGACACAAAUUUCAGAACAAAGACUAUACAUCUUCCUGAGCAGCUGCAACAGGGUAGUAUACUUCCAACAAAUAAUAGGAAGCUUAAUAUAAAGGAUCUGCUUUCACAGAUGAAUCACUAUAGUGCAGGAGUUAAACAAAGUGCACUUUUUGGACUCAAAGAUCUACUGUCUCAGUAUCCAUUCAUAAUGGAUGCUCACUUUUCAAAUAUACUGAGUGAGUUAGCAGCUGUGUUUACAGACAAGGAUUCUAGUGUGCGAAAAGCAGCAGUUUGCCUUCUUCAGUUCCUGGCUCCCAAAAUACGAGCUGAGCAUAUCUCUCCAUUCUUCCCUUUAAUGAGUGCUCAUCUUUCUAGUGCCAUGACUCACAUCAGUGAAGAAAUUCAGGAAGAUUCUUUGAAGAUAUUGGAUAUUUUUUUGAAGGAAUACCCUACUCUCCUGAAGGAUCACAGUAGUGUAUUACUGAAUAACUUUGUGGAACUUAUUUCUCAUCAGCAACUGUCAACACAGCAGAAAACUAGAAAUAAAAUGAGUUGGAUGAUUUCUGUUCAUCCUAAUCGCAGAAUGAUGUCUCAACAAUGGAGGGUGAAUGUUCUAGUUAGACUUCAAAAAUUCCUCCAGAUCUUGGUAGAAGAUUCUAGUGUACUAAAAAUUGACAGUGAGGGGCAAAAAGAGCGAACUCAUAAUGUCGGAAUUCAGAAGUCCGUAUGUGUUAAUUGGCAAGAACAUGUCACCGGUCAACAGCACAUCCAGUUGUAUGAAAAUAGUGACUUAUAUCCCAAAAUUAAUUCAUUGUUUACACUAAGGUCUUUAAGCAUGACAAGUAGUGAUGAAAAAGGUCUGACAUCCAUGAACAAUUUAAAAGGUUUCAUUCGAGUAAUAAUACCAUUACUGCUUGAUUGUUGGGUUGAAGCCUCUCCUAUACCACUUGCAACUCCAGUUCUUGGAAAUAUUCUGGAACCUGGAUCUCAGCAAAUUAUGGAGGCAGUACUUGGUAUCAUUCAUUUACUGUGGAAAUUUGGAAGACAAAACAAAGAUCCAUAUGAAAUGGAAAUAUGGCUUCGCGCAAAUUACCUGAUCGAUUUCAAGCAUCAUUUUAUGUGUUGUUUUCCUUACUCUUUCCAAGAAACAAUCAAACAGAGAAAGAAAGAUCAUUUGAAAAGGCUGCUGGAUGUGAAUCAACUUAGCACGUUGCAGAGUAAUACAACUAAUGGGCCGAUUAUGAGCUCGAGAAGCCGGGUGCAGAGACAGGUAGCUAUAUAGGCAAGCUUUCUAAUC